AUGCAGCUCAUCAGUGUUGUCAGUGCUAUGGCCCUUGUGCCUGCAGCGUUCUCGUACUCGGUGGCAGGACGUCUUAUCGCUCGCGAUGACGAUCGAGGCAAUGAGACUGUUUCUGGACUCGGAAGUCGAAAGCAGGCAGUUUUGGAUGUCGGUGGAACCACGCGCGAUCUCGCUAUAGCCAUGCUGGAGACGAAAACAAUGACUACCGAUUAUACUUAUGGUGACGGGAAGACAGGCGAUGGUACCAACUUUGGCAUCUUCAAGCAAAAUUGGUACAUGCUGCGUACUUCUGCGUCGGAAUUCCUCGGCGAGACUGUUGGCCAGGUUGAUGACGGCGCUAUUCUCAAUUCCGACCUGGGCAAGGACGUGCAAGCCCGUCAUGAUGGCGAGGAGCAUUAUGGCUAUGAUGUUUGGUUUUCCGGCCAUCGCGAUGGACAGUCAGGUGUUGAGGACCCGGACACAGCGGACAUUACUGGCUACAAGGAUGCUGUGGCAUGGAUUCAAGAGCAGAUCGAGAGUGAUACUAAGUUUCAGACUGAUGAUACUCGUUUCUGGGUUGACGUCCAAGCUAUAUAG